AAACCUAUUGGGAAAAUGAAGAACUACUGGAAAAUUUCAGUUUUCUUCUUUGUGUGCAGUUUCCUGGGACCCUGGGCAUCUGCGACUGUCAAGCGCCGUCCAAGAUUCCCUAUCAAUUCAAACUCUAAUGAUGGAAAUGAACUCUGUCCCAAGAUCAGGAUUGGCCAAGAUGACUUGCCAGGGUUUGACCUGAUCUCUCAGUUCCAGGUAGAUAAAGCAGCAUCUAGAAGAACUAUCCAGAGAGUGGUGGGAUCAACUGCAUUACAAGUGGCUUACAAAUUGGGAAAUAACGUAGACUUCAGGAUUCCAACCAGGCAUUUAUAUCCCAGUGGACUGCCCCAAGAAUAUUCCUUCUUAACUACGUUCCGGAUGACAGGAAGCACACUUGAAAAGAGCUGGAGCAUCUGGCAGAUUCAGGACUCCUCCGGGAGGGAGCAAGUUGGCGUGAAGAUUAACGGCCAAACAAAAUCCGUUGCAUUUUCAUACAAGGGGCUGGAUGGAAGUCUCCAAACUGCAGCCUUUUCAAACUUGCCUUCCUUGUUUGAUUCCCGGUGGCAUAAGAUCAUGAUUGGUGUGGAAAAGACCAGUGCUACUCUUUUCAUUGACUGCAUCAAGAUUGAAUCCUUACCUAUAAAGCCAAGAGGCCAAAUUGAUGUGGAUGGCUUUGCUGUGCUGGGAAAACUUGAAGAUAAUUCUCAAGUUUCUGUUCCAUUUGAACUUCAGUGGAUGCUGAUCCAUUGCGAUCCCCUGAGACCCACGAGAGAAACUUGCCAUGAGCUGCCCGUCAGAACAACGCCCAGCCAGACUACCGAUGAGAGAGGUCCUCCAGGCGAGCAGGGGCCUCCCGGGCCUCCAGGGCCACCUGGAGUUCCGGGCAUCGAUGGCAUCGACGGUGACCGAGGUCCGAAGGGUCCCCCAGGGCCUCCGGGUCCUGCAGGAGAACCAGGAAAGCCAGGAGCGCCGGGCAAGCCUGGCAUACCAGGCGCAGACGGAUUGACAGGACCUGAUGGCUCCCCUGGCUCUGUUGGACCAAGAGGACAAAAAGGAGAACCUGGUGUGCCUGGAUCUCGUGGAUUUCCAGGCCGUGGCAUUCCUGGACCCCCUGGUCCUCCUGGGUCAGCAGGACUCCCUGGAGAACUUGGCCGUGUAGGACCCAUUGGUGACCCUGGGAGAAGAGGACCGCCUGGCCCUCCUGGCCCCCCAGGACCCAGUGGAACAAUUGGCUUUCAUGAUGGAGACCCUCUGUGUCCCAAUUCCUGCCCACCCGGUCGCUCUGGAUAUCCAGGUCUACCAGGCAUGAGGGGUCACAAAGGUGCUAAAGGAGAAAUUGGUGAACCAGGAAGACAAGGACACAAGGGUGAAGAGGGUGACCAGGGAGAACUGGGAGAAGUUGGAGCUCAAGGACCUCCAGGAGCUCAAGGUUUGAGAGGGAUCACUGGCAUUGUUGGAGACAAAGGAGAAAAAGGUGCUCGGGGCUUAGAUGGAGAACCUGGGCCUCAAGGUCUUCCUGGUGCACCUGGUGAUCAAGGACAGCGAGGACCUCCAGGAGAAGCAGGUCCCAAGGGAGACAGAGGGGCUCAAGGUUCUAGAGGAAUUCCUGGAUCCCCUGGGCCCAAAGGAGACACGGGCUUGCCAGGUGUGGAUGGCAGAGAUGGGAUACCUGGAAUGCCAGGAACAAAGGGUGAGCCAGGGAAACCAGGGCCUCCUGGUGAUGCAGGAUUGCAGGGAUUACCUGGUGUACCUGGAAUUCCUGGUGCAAAGGGUGUUGCUGGUGAUAAGGGUAACACAGGUGCUCCAGGGAAGCCCGGGCAAUUGGGAAAUUCAGGCAAACCGGGCCAACAGGGGCCUCCAGGAGAGGUGGGACCCCGAGGACCCCGAGGGCUUCCUGGCAGUAGAGGAGAAAUAGGACCAGUAGGAUCCCCAGGCAUACCAGGUAAACUGGGACCUCUUGGCAGCGCUGGCCUCCCUGGCUUACCUGGACCCCCUGGGCUUCCUGGAAUGAAAGGUGACAGGGGUGUGUUUGGAGAACCAGGUCCAAAGGGUGAACAAGGUGCCUCUGGUGAAGAAGGUGAAGCAGGAGGAAGGGGUGACCUGGGAGAUAUAGGAUUACCUGGUCCAAAGGGAUCUGAAGGUAACCCUGGGGAACCUGGCUUGAGAGGACCUGAAGGAAGUCGGGGACUUCCUGGAGUGGAAGGACCAAGAGGACCACCUGGACCCCGGGGUGUUCAGGGAGAACAGGGAGCCACUGGCCUGCCUGGUGUCCAGGGUCCUCCGGGCAGAGGUCCGACAGAUCAGCACAUUAAGCAGGUUUGCAUGAGAGUCAUGCAAGAGCAUUUUGCUGAGAUGGCUGCUAGCCUCAAGCGUCCAGACAUGGGUGCCUCGGGUCUUCCUGGAAGGCGGCCCCCUGGCCCCCCAGGGCCCCCUGGAGAGAAUGGUUUCCCAGGUCAGAUGGGAAUUCGUGGCCUCCCAGGCAUUAAAGGUCCCCCUGGUGCCCUUGGUUUGAGGGGACCUAAAGGUGACUUGGGAGAAAAGGGGGAGCGCGGCCCUCCAGGAAGAGGCCCCAAAGGUUUGCCUGGAGCUACAGGUCUCCCAGGAGACCCAGGCCCUGCCAGCUACGGGAGAAAUGGCCGGGAUGGCGAGCGAGGCCCCCCAGGGGUGGCAGGAAUUCCUGGCGUGCCUGGACCCCCAGGACCUCCUGGCCCCCCAGGUUUCUGCGAGCCAGCCUCCUGUACCCUGCAGGCUGGUCAGCGAGCGUUUAGCAAAGGGCCAGACCAGUGA